UGCCCCGCUCUACCUUCUCGCUACUCACUCGUGGGUGUUGGUGGGCGUGGCUGCCUUGUCCCGCGCUUCCAGCCAUCCUCCAGAAUAUGGAGAUUCGUCGGUCUCUCCCUCUCCUCCUGCAGUGUUCAUCUCCUACAUCAUUGGAGGGAUCGCUGAUCAACGUGGGGGCGCACCAUGGAGCUGCCCGAGGGAACGUAAACAAGAAGCGGAACGCCCCUUCCCGCACUUGGCCACUAAAGAAAGAGAAGAAAAAUAUCGCAUGUCGGAGCACAGCUGGGCCUCGUUUACUCAGGCUUGGAUCAACAAAUACACAAGAAUGUACUCCAUAACGACAAGGCUAUCUGACCCUGCGUCCCUGCACGAAGAGCAGCAAUGGAAGACAAACAGAAAAAUGAACGUCCGUGCUGUUUUGAUUGUUGCUCAGAAGGCCGGCAAACGACAGGCCUUCUUUGAACAAUCAAAGGGGUACAGGCUGAACCUCGACAUUCAAUAUGUACCAUUCGCUCAUGGCAGCACUGUGGAUCCUGGUUGCUCACCUGUUCCUUCAACUUACCAUAGAUUGUGUAAUGGAAGAUAUGUUAAAUAUUUGCUAAAAAAAAAGUCAUGUAUGCAAGAUAAAACAGCAGAAUCUACGUAUUAUUUCAUAUACACUGUUUAUCGUAUUCAUAAGCACAAAUAACCCAUUUCCAGUCAGACUAUCAGUGUGGCUUCAUAUGGUGCAUUGGUUGCACUUACAUGAUGGACAACAAAUAUUAGACGCUGGUUUUAACUUUUUUUUUCUACUUCUUUUCAUUCGAAUUGCUUUGAAUUUCGUAUGAUGUUGUUAUAUCUGGUACUUAACGCAUCAUCAUUAGUUUCUAUAACUCUACAAAAGUCUAUUGGAAUCUCAAUCAUUCAUCCCUUUCUCCAGUAAACUCUGGAACUCCGUGUCUGCUUCUUUAUUUCCUUCUAACUAUGACGAUCUCAAAAGAAGGAGGUUUAAAGAAAUGAGUAACAACACUGAAACAAUAUUUUUUUCGUUGGUCCUAAUACACCAAACAAGGCAUAGUAACCCAUUUCAUAUUCGCUUUUCGUGAAAGACAAAUAAUUAUUCCUAGAAUUUAAGUAAAUAAGAUGCGACUUAGUUUUAUCAAGUAAUUGAUAAUUAUGUUAAUGGAAUAAAACAAGUAAUAUAA